AUGCAGACGUCGGCGCGGCAGGCCUUGGCAAGCUCCAAGUUGAUCAAAGGUGUGACCAGCACGCAUGCCUCUGGGAAGCGCUGGCCGCGGCGGAGCUUCAAGUACGACAUCAUCGAAGUCUUUGCAGGCUCCGGUACGGUGACCUUCCGCGGCGCCCGAUACCACGGCACGCGAGCUUUACAGCCUAUCGACCUCGAGUUUGGCUGUGACCUGUCCGAUGCGAAGCAAAGGCGAUGGUUGUUGGACACGUUGGAUGCGAAGAAUCCUCGGCAAGCCGUAAUAGCCUUCCCUUGUACUUUGUGGUCCGUUCUGCAACGGAACAACAACUACAAGCACGACCUCGAGCUGCUCGACCGGCUUCGCGAACAGGAACGCCCUUUUUUGCAGUUGGUGGAGGACAUCUUCGAGAGUCAACAACGGCGAGGUGCCCACGCCUUGGCGGAGAACCCUGCGGGCGCCGACUCGUUUCGAGAACCUCCUCUACUACGUCUACGACAACGAUAUUAUGAGUCCACGGUGUCUAUGUGCCGCUAUAACUUGCGGGGCAAGAACGGUGGCCUCAUGAAGAAGCAGACGCGUUUCCUGGCGACGAGUCCUUUGUUGUUGGACGACCUCCGUGACCAAUGCAACUGCACCCAGGAGCACGAGGUGGUGCAGGGCAGCAGCACGAAGGCGGCGGGGCGAUACACGAUCGAGUUGGCGGAUGCGAUCUGCUCUGGCUACUGGCGCAUGGUCAAGGCAGAGGACCUUGGACUCACGACCACGUGGGCAACCAGUCGCACCGUCUUCUACGUCGACGUGGACCGCGUUGAAUCAAAAUGGCGACCUUUACUUGAGCAAGCGCAAGAAAUGCUGGGUCGCAAGAACCAGUUGAACUUGGCCGUGUACGAGGACUCUGACCUGUACGCCAAGAUCAAGGUCUUGGUCCCUUGGAAGAUUCACGCGGUACAAGUAGCAAGUUUGCCGAAAGCUAAACGAGUGCGUGCCGGACUGGAGCAUUGUCACCGGGCCUCCGUCCUCCUGCUCAAUGACGAUUCGGUGGUCAUCGAGUCGGAGCUCAUCAAGGAGUCGCAGGCCCCGAGAGAGCGGUUCUUUGCGCCAGUCCGUGUAGCGAUCUUCGUUCUUGGAGAGGCCCCAGGCGAGCCUGCGUUGCCCAAUCCUGCUCAAGUACCUCCUCGCCAGGAGAUUGACGACGACCAGGUCCUCGUGCCCCCGGACGGCAACGCCAUGGUGAUGGACGAGGUGCACGAGGCCCUGAUCGAGCAAGGCGUGGUCAAGCAGGACUUUUCAGGCGAGUGUUGGUUCGUCGGAGCACCGUUGCGCGACAAGGAGAAGAAGCUGGCUAAGGCAUUGGUGCGAAUGCACCGCAACCUUGGACAUCCUCGACCCGAAGAUUUCGCUCGUGCCUUGGCUGUUAACAAGCAGGUCGCGCCGGAGGCGGUGGGUUUGAGUCGUCGACUUCGCUGCUCUACAUGCGAACGGACACGCAGGCCACCGCCACCGAGACCAACUUCGCUGAAAGUCAUGGGCCCCUUCAACAGCAAGCUUGCCAUGGACUUUGUGUACGCGCCCGACGCCAACGGCGACAACUACAUGUUCCUGCGCGUUCUGGAACCGAACGGCGGCUUCAACGUCUUCUACCCGUUCGCGUCCAGAGUACCCGAGGAAGUCUUUGACGUUUUCUGCACUAUAUGGUGUUCGUGGGCAGGCUUUCCGGAUGUCAUCAUGCUGGACCAGGACGGUGCCUUUGAAGGACCUUUCCAGGAGCUACUCCAAGGAGUUGGUACGAGCCUGGAGCAUUGUGCCGCGGACUCCCACUGGCAACUCGGCGAGGUGGAGUCCUACAACCGGGCGUUCCAGUACGUUGCCGCGAAGGUGGUGGAUGAACAGCAGUUGUCCGGCGCGCACGAGAUGAAGGUCAUGUCGGCCAUCGUCGGGCAAUCCAUGAAUGCGUCCGUCAGGACGUCCGGCGCUUCCGCCAACCAGUGGGUCUUUGGAAAGGACCCAAAGGCUCCCAUCGACGUCCUGUCCCCUGACGGCAAGAUGCAAGCGAUGGAAGCUUUGGACCAGGACACCGAGCUUCGACGGCGGCACGUCAUUCGGACCACCGCGGACCUGAAGAUCGCGGAGUUCAAGGUGAACGACGCCCUUCGUCGAGCUGUGCUACGGCAAGGUCGACCUGGACGGCAAAGCUACGAAGCAGGUGAACCCGCAACGGAAAGACCCACGCACAAGGAAGCUGAAACGGAUGCCAGCUGGAUGGCAUCGUGGGACCAUCAUUGUCGCUGCUUGUUGGUUUCUCAAGAGCAAGUUCGCGCGGCGUACGGCAGCGAACUUUGGCGAGUUGACGAGAGUGUCCUUAACAGCUUCCUGGACAACGGCCCUGACGACUUCCGUGACGAACGCGGCGAACCUCCUCCAGAAGACGCCCCUGUUCCGGACUUCUUCCCCGAGGUGGACCAUGCCGAGGAGUUUGACCUGGACGACGUUGGCGAGCCCGAGACACCUCCACCUCCAGCACAGCGAGCAGAGCACGUGGACUUAGCGCCGCAGGAGGAGGAGUCAGUCGGGACGGACCUGACGCAACCCUCUCCGUCGAGCAGGCCACUUGGAACGCCGCAAGCUGCGAGCUCAGAGCCCGCAACCAAACGAUUGCGGAUCAACGACGUCCUCCUUGAGGGUGCGGUCAACGCUCAGCACCUCGCCGACCGCGAGCUGGAACGGCUCAUGGAAGAGCCACUGGAGGAAGCCAUGGAGUCGAAUGCCAUGCUUGUGAAUAAGUACGUGCCCGUGACUCAGCAGGAGUACUACGCCCUCGCCGACUGCGACUUCAUCGAGACGUAUCUUCCCGGACUACAAGUACGCGUGGCUCUCGCGACGACCCGCAAGGAGCAGAAGGCCCUCGUUCGCGAGAUACCGUGGAACAUGAUUCCGGAAGAACAUCGUGAAGCUUACAAGGAGGCUCUGGCGAAGGAGUGGGGCACUUGGGUGAAGUACGAAGCAGUGAAGGCCUUGGAUCUUCAAGCUAGCGCAGAAGUCGAGGCCAACUUCCCUGACCGAAUACUUCCCACGCGUGUGUGCUAUAGAGACAAGCGUGCUGCAACCCCUUGGCGCCCUAUGAAGCCAAAGGCGCGACUGGUGUGCCGAGGAGACAGGGAUCCGGAUUUGCUGGAACUCCGUCGAGAUGCACCCACUUUGACCCGAGCCGGGCUGAUGUGCAUCCUGCAGAUAGCUGCCUCGAUGUCCAACUGGUUUCUCUUCAACGCGGACAUCACCGGCGCCUUCCUUCAAGGAGACCAGUCGCUGGCAAGCAGGUCAGACGCGCUGUUUCUUCGUCAACCACGCGAAGGCCUCCCAGGCCUUGUGGCAGGCCAGUUGCUACUGGUAGUGAGCUUUGUCCAGUCGGUGCUCGACAGAGCACUUUUCUUCUACUACCAGUCCAGCGAGCUCAUCCUCGUGAUGGGUGCCCACGUCGACGACCUCAUUGGCACUGGCAUCCCUGGACUCGCCGACAAGGUCAUCGACAAGAUCAAGGCGGCCUUCGACUUCGGCACUUGGGCGGACACACGACAGGACGCUGUGCUUGAAUACGGAGGGAAGCAGAUCCGUCGUUUACCGGAUGGUUGC